AGCCGACAACAUGUACACUCUGGUUGUCCUGUCAGCAUUGUUGGCCGCCGCCUCGGCCGGUUACCUGGGAGGGUACGCCGCCCCCGCCAUCGCGGCCGUCCCGGCGGCGUCUUCCAUUGCCAACACCUACAGGGUGUCCCAGACCGCACGCGUCUUCGCUGCUGCCCCCGCAGCCUACGCGGCACCUGCCAUCGCUGCCGCCCCCGCCAUCGGCUACGCCGGUGCCAUCGCCGCCCCCGCACUCGCCGCCCCCGCCAUCGCUGCUGCUGUCCCUGCAGCAUCUUCCAUUGCCAACACGUACAGAAUAUCGCAGACCGCCCGCGUCCUUGCGGCCCCCGCCGCUUACGCCGCCCCCGCAGUCGCCGCCGCCCCAGCCAUCGCCGCCGCUCCUGCCAUCGCUGCCGCUCCGGCUAUAGCUGCCGCUCCCGCUUUGGCUGCAGCCGUUCCUGCAGCGUCUUCCAUUGCCAACACCUACAGAAUAUCGCAGACCGCCCGCGUCCUGGCCGCCCCCGCUGCCUACGCUGCCCCCGCUGUCGCUGCCGCCCCCGCCAUCGCCGCCGGCCCUGCCAUCGCUGCCGCACCAGCUCUGGGUGCAGCCGUUCCUGCAGCGUCUUCCAUUGCCAACACCUACAGAAUAUCGCAGACCGCCCGCGUCCUGGCCGCCCCCGCCGCCUACGCCACCCCCGCAGUCGCCGCCGCUCCUGCCAUCGCCGCAGCUCCAGCCAUCGCAGCCGCCCCCGCUUUCGCUGCAGCCGUUCCUGCAGCGUCUUCCAUUGCCAACACUUACAGAAUAUCUCAGACCGCCCGCGUCCUGGCCGCCCCCGCCGCCUACGCCGCCCCCGCAGUCGCCGCCGCCCCUGCCAUCGCCGCUGCUCCGGCCAUCGCAGCCGCACCAGCUCUGGCUGCAGCCGUUCCUGCAGCGUCUUCCAUUGCCAACACGUACAGAGUGUCACAGACGGCCCGUGUCUUGGCCGCCCCCGCCGCCUACGCCGCCCCCGCUCUGGGCUACGCACGCUACGGAGCUCCCGCCCUGGGCUACGCCCGCUACGGAGCUGCCUCCCUGGGCUACGCCGGUGCCCUCGCCGCCCCCAGCCUGGGAUACGCACGGGCCAUCGCCGCCCCCGCCAUCGGCUUCGCCCGCUACGCCGCUGCCGCUCCAGCACUGAGCUACGGAUACGCUGGAUAUGCCUCCUCUGCCCUCAGCUACGGCUAUGGCGCCCGUGCUCUUGGUCUCGUCCACUAGAUGCUCAACACGCAUUCACU